UAUACCAGGUAAAGCUGAUCAAUUAAAUAUAUUACGACAAGGUGAUACUGAUCCACAUAAAGAUAAUGUAGAUUGUAUGAAUGCAUUUUGUGCAAUAGUAGUUUUUGGAGAUUUUGAAGGAGGAGAUUUAGUAUUAAGUGAAAUUGGAAUUACAAUCGAAAUUAAAG